AUGCCAGCCGUUCGUGAGUACCUCCUCCGCACCGUACCCCUUGUGGGAUCACUUUUGCUUGCGGCGUACUGUCUGGCCUACAGCAGAGAUUAUGUCUACCGUAAAAAAGGCACUCCGACUUUCGUAGAGGACCCGAACGAUGCAGAGUUAUACAGUUUCUACCAAAAAACCAUUAAAUCCCGCGACUUGAGUGCCUGGGAGAACAAGCGCGUCUUCAGAGAGUGGGAAGCCAAACAAUCUAAGUGA